CACCGCCCUGCCCAGCAGAACUUCCGGCUGGACCCGCCUGGCGACUCCACCACCCCAGACCCAGCCGCUGCACCGGUGGUGUCCGGACGCCCCAUGGCGUGGGUGAGGCCCACAUGCCCUGGAGGCGGCUCUACACUGGCUCCACGGAGUCCAGCCACUCGUAGGGUCCCAGAGGAUCAGAGGUGCAUCCCGAAAGCCCAAACUGGGCCGCGACGCCACUGCGAGGUGGCGAGGGUGCGGCAGCCUCCGGCCUCCCUUUCCGGUUAGAGCUCGCGUUCCCUGCCCUUGGCUGGAGGCGUUUGGAAGGGGUUGGAGGAGAAAAGUUGGGGACACCUAUGCAAACGAUUUCGCUGCCUGUGGCCUGCCCUCAGGACAUCAUUUCCAGUUUCCCACUAGGAAGAGAACCCCGAAGCUGGACGGGCAGCUUCCCCCAGCUCCUGGCCCAGUCCGAUCUGUCCAUGCUGUCGUCAAGUCCUGCUUCCUGUACAUCUCCCAAGCCUGACACCGACAACCCCGAUAAGAAGGUCCACUGGGCUUCUGAGAAGAGGAGGAGGACAUCUUCCACAGACUCAGAAUCAAAGACUCACUUGGACGUCUCUAAGUUGCCCAGGUCCCGGAGGCCCAGCCGGCUAACGGUGAAGUAUGACCGGGGCCAUCUGCAGCGCUGGCUGGAGAUGGAGCAGUGGGUAGAUGCUCAGCUGCAGGAGCUCUUCCAGAGUCAAGAAGCUCCUUCAGAGCCUGAAAUUGAUCUGGAAGCGCUCAUGGAACUAUCCACAGAGGAACAGAGGACUCAGUUGGAGGCCAUUCUCCGAGACUGCCCCUGUGACACAGAGUCUUUUAUCUCUGAGCUGCUCAGUCAACUCAAGAAACUUCGGAGACUCAGCAGGCCUUCGAAAUAAUGCUGGAGAGAGCAUAUUCUGCAGCCCAGCCCUGAUCUGGAUACUGGCUGACAAGGGAUGCAGAAGACAAAGAGAGACACUUGGGUAGCCCAAAUGUAU